GUGACGUGAUUUUGGAGCCUGAGUCAGACCUGAACCCACGGACCUGAAACACAUAUGAAAGAUUGAUAUGAUUCAGUGUGACAUCACUUCCUGAAGUUAUCAUCAUCUCUGAUGUCCGUCCUGCAGAACUUCAUUCAGAAUCCUGCUGUUUUUAAGUUUCCUUCAGAGUCACAGUGAUCCAGUGAGAGGAGUCUGUCCAUCCAUGGCUCACUGCAGACGGCCUGAGCUCUGAGCUGCAGCUGAUCCUGAAUCACCUCAGAGUGAAUCCAGUUUCCAUCAUGACUCUGAGCCAUUAGGCUGCUGCUGCUUGGUUUAUUGUUAUUGAUUUUUUCAGAGAUGAAACUGAUGCUCGACAUUUAGUCGACAAGGAGGAGGAGGAAGAGGAAGAGGAGGAGACAGGGAACCAAACUGCACCAUGAGAUCAGACCGAUCAGGACCACAGGACUCGCAGCAGCUGAGCUUCAGCAGGAAACCAGAGGGAAACAUGGACCAGGGGGACCUGAAGACUCUCGGGGCGGUGGAGAUGGUGCUCGGGCUGCUGGACGUGUCUCUGGGUUCAGUUCUGCUUCAGGUGAAGACUUUCUUCAAGAAGGAAAUCUUUGUCGUCUUCAUCGCCGGAGUCUGGACCAUCCUGACCGGCUUCAGUCUGCUGUGUGGAGGCAGGAAACCUUCCUACUGCUGUGUGAGGUUUAAUGUGACUCUGCACCUGGCCACGCUGAUGUUCUCGGCUGUCGCCUUCGGCACCAUGGUCAGACACGUACCCUACUGCAAGAGCUCCUGUGGAUCAGUCAACCGUGAGACCACGGUUCUGGUCGGUGGGAUCUUGGCCGUCCUCAUCACCAUCCUCCUGGUGGAGACGCUCGUGAGCCUGGGCGUCAUUCUGACCGGUCUCUGCUCCAUGUUUUUUAACCAUCCACAGGAACCUGAGGACCCUGAACGCAACACCAGCACCACCUCUGAGCCUCUCUGCCUCCCCCCUCAACAACACCUGGUGACACCUGCAGGUGAAAACAUGAAGACAGACGGCUGAUGGACGGACAGAAUAUUUUUAAACCCACAGUAACUGAAGUUAUGGAUGUGCUGAAGUUACUGGUUUUAAUCUUGUCUCACAGAGUAACUUACCACCAGCGUUCUACUGCCGUCUCUGAUUUAAAAUUUCGACUCUGUUGCAUCUGUAACCACACCCACCAGUGAUGUCACAGUGCACUGACACACCCUGGAGUAUACUGUGACAUCACAGCAACAAGUAGAACGCUUUAAGUCAAGAAGUAGAAGCAGCACUGCUACUUUACACUUCUGCUCCGUCAUAUUUCCUGUAUUUCCUGCUGGUGUUACUCGUUCCU